GCAUGGGGCUCCCCAGAGAGGCGUCCCUCCGCCUCCUCCUGGCCACACCUCAGUCCUCCAUCCCCAGAGACAUGUCCCUGGAUCUGACCUUUAACCCUCGACGACUGCUGUUGCGGAUCACCCAUCCUCUGAAAACCAUCCUCAUACAAGGUCAUCUUGAGCAAGAGAAGAAAAUAAAGUCAGGAAAGCUGGAGCUGUUGAUUGAUGGUGUCCAUUAUUACAUCACUGGUUUGAUCGACACUCAGACCCUCGUGUCAGAGCAGAGAACUCACUAUCACCUUGAAGCAAAAAUGGCCGCUGAUGGACAUCCCAUGAUCCUCUCUGCUAAUGUCACUCGUGGACAGGGGAGAAAGACCAGUUUCUCAGCAAAUGUGAAGAAUGUGUUCAGAGAAACGGCUUCACUGUCAGUGGCUGUGGAGCGCAGGCGAGACAGCAGCAGCAUGCAGUACUCUGUGGAGGCGGAGCUCCUGUUACCCGGUGUGGUCGGGACCAGGAUGCUGGGACUGAUGGAGCAGAAGGGCUCAUUGUGGAGCUCCGCGCUCAGGCUCAAAUACGGUCUGGGAGGUGAUGCCCGACAUCUGCGCCAGGACUGCUACACAUCUCAGAGACUGAGGCGUGAGAGGGACGCUAAUCUGACGUACAUCAUGAGAGCAGAUCAUGAAUUCUACUGCUCCAACACAGCUCCCAUCAACCACAAGGUGAUAGGCGAUAGCAAGAUUCAUCAUCCUUGCAUGCUUAUGCAGUUAAUUCCUAACUUUUGAGAUUGAUUUAUUCCACGUUUGGUGAAACAGGCUACUGAUCAUUAGAGGGUUUCUCUGUG